AAAUUUCGUUUCGGAAACCUUAUGUUUGGUUGUCUGGAUUGGCUUUUGGGAUGCCUUACUCUUCUGCUUCGUGGUUAUAAUUAUUGGGGACGACGGAACUGUGAUAUUUAAGCGACACCUCGAUUGUGCUGAGAAGGGACGGGAUAGAGUCAUUUGACUAGAAGAUGUUCUGAACUUCAUUAUUUCACAGUUCACUCUUGACUUUGUCACUUUAGUGAAUAAUUUCCCGUACUCAUACUGAUCGAUCCUGAUUUGUCUGUGCUAUCAUUCAUGGCGCAGAAAUCGGGAUUAUCCAAAGAAGACCUGCGCCGUUUGAUGAAGGAGAAGUCCGCCAAGAAACUCGAUUCACCCUUUGCCAAAUACGACAAUUCCGGCCAGCUGUACUGUAUCCUGUGUAAAGCCAGCGUGAAGAGUGAAGCUUCGUGGAAAGCUCAUGAAAAUGGUCGUCAGCAUCAGCUGGCCUUUGCUGCCACGAAAAACCCAGACGCAGCCAAAAUCCGCGCCAAGCCCGCUGAUCCUGUGUCAUCAGCGUCGCCGGCUGCCAGUGCGGAUUCUUCGCUGUCGGAACGGAAGCAGCGCGACGAGCCGCCUCCCAAGAAACCGAAAAUCACCACAUUGACGAGAGAAAUGGUGGAUUCCAUGGAGGUGGAUGAAGCCCAGUCUGCCGGUUUACCUUCAGAUUUUUUCGACGCCCCUUCCAUUCCCACCCCCUCGGAGGCGCCGACCCCCUCGGACCCCGUCGUCGAGGACACCUCCAGCGCCGUCCCCGACGAUUUCUUCGACAAACCCACCAAGAACAUCCGGCAGAAAUUAGAGCGCGAGAAGCAGAAGCAGGAGGAGGAGGAGUGGUCCAAAUUCCAGAAGGCCAUCCACGAGGAGAGCCACAAAUCCGCCAUGGCCGUCGAGCAGGAGGACGAAGCGGCGCGGAAGCAGCGCGAGCUGGAGGAGAUCGAGGAGCAGAUGACGCGCUGGCAGAAGAUCCACGAUCUGGAGAUCAGACGGGAACAGGGCAAGGGCGCGGCGCCGGUCCCGGAGAAAAAGGGGGAGAGUGUCCGGGAGGACAGUGGGGAGGAGGACAGCGACGAUGUGGAUACGUUCGACUGGCGGAAACGCAAAUUAUGGUGAUUUCGAUGGGAAUUUCGCUGGAUUCAUGUUGAUUUGUUGAUGGGGCUAUGUAUUUUGUAGCGUUUAAUUUUGUCAAUUUACUGUGGGAUAUUCGCAGCGGUUUGACGCCUGUUGGCAUCGUCAGUUACGUGAAUGGCAACAAAAAUAAAAUAAA